AUGGACAUCUACUCAACUUCCUUCACUCAUCCACGUCGUACUCGUCAUAUUCAGCAUACUGACUCUCAUCUACCCCUUCCUCCUGACCCAGGCGCUCCAGAAGAUGUAGAGAAACUAGCCGUCCUGGCAAUGACCUUACACAACGUACACGUUUCGUAUCUACCUACAGACCAUGGUCAACGCGGUUGGAAUUUCUAUGUCUCGGGCGCGUAUCAGCACGUCAUGACUGCCCGCGGCAUGUUACUCAAGGACUGUCCAGUCCAGCAUCGCACAGCAAUCAAAGUCGCGCGCGCAGACAUCCUAGAUGCUCCUUCCUCAAAACCAACCCUCAAACCAGACGUCCGUCGUAAACUAGACGACAUCGCAGGCGCCACCCUCGCUCACAUCGCUGUAGUAAACUCCCCUCUUACACUCAGCAGCCGAACUCCCCCAGACGGCGUCAAUGGCGCAGGUUGGAGCGGUCUCGAGACGGAGCGCGUAUGUGAACUCGUCAUCACAGGCCAAGGCGAUGCUACCGAGUUAGCAAGGGUCAGGUUGUUGGUAAUGCUCGACGAAUUCAGCGGUCUUCACUCCGAAAUGUGCGAGAUCGACCAGAAGCUCCACGCGAUCGUCGCGGGCCGGAAGAGACAUGUUCUCCAGAGCAUUCAGGAGGAGACCGCGACAAAUGUCUACUUCCCUUCGCCCUUGCAGGGCUUGGUCGGUCCUGAUGUCGUGUCUGCUGCGACUGUAACACCUGCAGUGCGUCAGGGCCAGAAUAUCAUUUGGAUUACGGGAGAGUUCUUUGGAGUGCAAAGGGCGAGGGAUAUGUUGUACCAGUUGUCGGUGAACAAGAGAAAAUCUGUGAUCUCGCGAGAUACUGUCAUCGUCCCUCGCAAACUGGAUUGGAUGGUCCUCGACCGAGCCGAAGACCUCAAGUCUAUCAUGAGCGACAAUGCGACCUUUGUCCAAUUCCCGCCUAUAGGUAGCUCCAACAGCCUCAUCACUGUCUACGGAGACCACCGCGUCAACGUUCAGCGCACAAUCCGGUCUAUAAUGCAACUCGCCUGCCAAUACUACGUCGCCUCAUUCUGGCUGCUACCCAUCCAAUUCAACGUCCUCCUCCCGCCUACGACCCUCAACUCUUCGCAAGUAACCACGCUCCUAAAGCAAAUCUCCCUCACGACAGGUGCAGAAGUCGUGUUCAAGAGCAUGUGCUUCGAGAUGCACGGCCUAGAGUACGAGGUACGCGCUGCGGUCAAUAUGAUUUUGGAAUUGGAUAUUGUCAAGGCUUUCCAUCACGAGAUCCGCUUCCAAGUCGAGCUCGCCAAUGAGCAUCGUGAAUUCAUCUCGGGGAAGAAGAACGGCAAGAUUAACAAAAUCAUGCAGACCACGAAUGUCAAGAUCAAAUUUGAGACAUUCAACGAUCAUAACUUCCUUAUUGAUGUCUCGGGCAACGACGCAUCUGUGCUUACUGGUCUCACUCUCCUGCAAGAAGAGCUCCCGGCUGAAAUAUCCUUCCAUGUCCCCGAAGCGUAUCACAAGCGCAUCAUCGGCAUUGGCGGGCGGAACAUCCAGCGUAUAAUGAAGAAGUACGGCGUUUACGUCAAGUUCAGCAACGCGGAGGAGUUCGCUGCUUUGGGUGGGUACAAUGACAACGAGGACAAUGUUGUGGCAAGGACGCCCUCAAAGAAUGCGAUCAAUCUGGAGAACCUGAAGCAGUCAGUGAUGGAAAUUGUGAAUCCAAAGGACAAGGACUAUGUGAACGAAACGCUAUCGAUUCCCCGGCGAUACCACCGGGUGCUGCUUGGCGAAAAGGCGAUAUUCAUACAUGAUAUCGAGACCAAGACCAACUCGCGCGUGCGAUUCCCUGAUAAGGAGACGGCUUCGGAUGUGGUGACGAUUUUUGGACCUGAGAGUCAGGUGCAGAUUGCUGCUGCGAUGUUGCUGGAACACGUCCCCUUCGAGGCAGACAUGGCGGUCCCGCCCAGCUCCGAUCUUCCCAAAGUCUGCGCCUCCGCCGACUUCAUAACCUUCGUCGAUCGCAUCAAGCGCGAGUUCCAAGUGAUCAUCACCCCGAACGUUAAAGCACCUACUCCGAGCUCCACCAACGGCGCGUCAGCCUCGUCCUCCAAUGCGGUCGCGGUUGGCGACGUGGGCGAGUACUCGUUCAAGUUUCAUUGCCAGAGGAGCAACUCGGACUUCUUGCUCGCGGCCCGGGAGAUGUUGGAGCAGUUCUUGUUGAACCAUAAUGUUCAUGUGUAUCCUUCGCCUACGGCGCAUACGCAUAAACGGGGUGAUUCGUUCGCGGAGGCGUUCCCCCACUUUGAUAGUAAGGUGUUGUCGACGGCGAGGAGGCAUGAAUCGGUUGAGCUUACCCGUUCGGAGAUACUGGGUGAUCGAAGGUUGAGGAUGGCAAAUUCAUCACCCGAUGUAAAAGCAUUGUUCAAUGCCCCUGCAUACAUCUACGAUCUAGAGGAGCAUGAGGACUCUCAGUCAGCUUAUGGUCCACCAGGAACGGGCCUCGACUACUGGACGCCGCUACCCCCGAUCGGCACGGGGAUGGCGACACGACAACGAAACACCGAAGACGCGCUCAAACGCGGGUCUGACUCGCUGCUCGAGUCAAAAAUUAAGGAACAGAUCAGCAAGCCGCGAUCGCUGCAGAACCGCGCGCAGUCGCUCGACCUCACGUAUUCGCUCUCUCGUAUCACGGAGGCGAGCAAUAGGCUGCCGCAGCCUGAGUCGCCGACGACGUCAACGGGGGGAGGGACGGGCGGGAACUCGAGUCCGACGAGUGCUACGGCGCCGUCGUUCCCGAGCGUGUAUGGCCCACGGUCGUCGGCUGUCAUUGGCUCGUCAUCGCAGCGUGCUGCCUUGAGGACCGAUGCCGAUGUUGUUGAUGAGGUAUCGCGAGUGAUGUCGAACCUCGGGCUGUAA